AUGGAAGUGGACAAUGCCAGGCCGACUACCGCCUCAGUUCCCCAGAGAAAUUGGGAAAUGAGCAAUCAGGUUUAUAUUCAAAAGAUGUUUUUUUUCUACUUUAUUACAAACUUCGUAUUGAAAAAAGUAGAUAACUACGCUGGACAGUGUGUAUGAAUAUAACGACGUGAUGCAAAACGAAAUUCGUCAGGCCAAGCCUUGGGACAAGGACCCUCAUUAUUUUAAACAGGUUUGAUUGACUAUUUUUUUAAGUAUGAGAAAUACCAGAACUGUUAAAAUGAAAUGUUUAUUUCGCUCAACGACAGAUCUGUGGCGCGAAGGAAGAGAACCGGAAAAAGUAAUAUUUGCCUCAACUUCGAUAAGGAUUCACUUUAAUUUAAAAAAAUAUUUUGUCGAAUUGAAGAGAAUAAAAAAAGCAAUCGUUCAGAAAAAUUUUUUUCUGCCAAUUUGACCUAAUUUCUUGUUAUUACCUCCUUCUUUAUCAUACAUUUCCAAUUUUAUGGAAUAAUACCUUUCUAAUUAAAAAAAAACGGUUCACUGUAUGAGUUUUUUUCACAUAAUUGGUGAACUUUUUCCGUUUUCAAGUAUUUUUAUUCCAAGUAUUUCGAUUCAGGUGAAAGUUUCGGCAAUCGCAUUGCUCAAGAUGGUCAUGCACGCGAAGCGGGGUGGAAAUUUAGAGGUGAUUUUCGUUGAGCUAUCAAAAAAAAAUAAUUCAUUUAUUUUUUUCUGUUCUUUGAACGUCGUGGAAUCUUCUAUAGUAAUGUAAAGUUCAAACUUGAAGGUUAUGGGCCUGAUGCAAGGAAGAAUCGACGCGAAUUCUUUGAUUAUUCUCGACGCCUUUGCACUUCCAGUUGAAGGCACGGAAACGAGGUGAAAUAUCUAUUAAAAGUUCUCUUCGUAUCGUUCAAGUUCUUGUUAGAGUUCAAAAUUUCUCAUUAUUGAGAGACAAACUUAUUUUUAAAAAAAUUUGUCGACUGAAACAUUCAAUCUCCUUUUUCAGUCUCCUCAAUAAAAAAAAAUAGGUAACUAAAAAUUCGUUGAUUGAUGCCGUGUUCAAAGUGAUUUCGCGAAAUCCAAAAUUGCCGCCAGAGAAAGAAAAUAUAACUAAAUUUUGGAGAGUCAGAGAUCAUUUUGCAUUUCGCGGAAAUUACUUUGAACACGGCAUGAGAAAAUGACAAUGCUUUUAAGUAUGUUGAUUGGAAAACGUGAAAGCACGGAGUUUACUGAGUCAUGUACAAAAAAAAAAAUGAAUUGCAAAAUUACUCGACGCUUUUUUCUUUUUUUCAAGGUAUUUAUUCAGAGUCAAUGCGCAAUCCCAAGCCUACGAGUACAUGUCGAUCUAUACGGAUCUUUGCGAUACGGAAAAUCGUAAAGAGAAGGUGAAAAGACUCCAAGCCUUGAAGAAACAGUUUUGGUUGAGGUCGUCGGGUGGUAUCAUUCACAUCCCGGUUAUGGAUGCUGGCUCUCUGGGAUCGACGUGUCGACACAAACUCUGAAUCAAAAGUACCAGGAGCCCUGGGUGGCUAUCGUCAUCGAUCCAUUGAGAACGAUGAGCGCUGGGAAGGUUUUUUUUGCUUAAUUUUUGAAAUGUUUCAACCGAUUGUCGAAUUUUCAAGAUUAUUUAAAGAAAAUGAAGCUAUCUAGUUUGCGCAAGCAGGUUCUUAAAGUAAGCUUUUUUUUGAAGUAAAUUUUUUUUUACCAUCAAGUUGAGGAACAUUUAUUUUUAUAUAGUAUAUAGUUAUCCAUGGAGAAUUCCGAACUCAAUCGGUUUUGAAAUGUUUUGAAUUGAAAAAAAAUGAUUGAAAGCUUAAUUUAUUUCUUCGUGUUCUUUUUUUGAACCAUCAUUUCAUCAUAAUUUAUUCAAAACGAAGAAAUUAUUAUAGUGACAUCUACUAGGAUUUAUUAAAAAUGAAAUAGACAAAAUAGAAAGUUUAAAAAUUAGCAGAAAUUCCCAGAAACUUUUGAAAAUAAUGAACAUUGCUUUUCAAUUAGGUUGUUGAAAUUAUUUAAAGAGAGGACCGUGAAAAUAUCAAAUGUUAAUAUUUGAGGUCGAUAUCGGGGCUUUCCGAACGUAUCCCGAAGGCUACAGACCACCAAACGACUCUCCAUCUGAAUAUCAAUCGAUUCCUUUGAACAAAGUAUCUUUCACAUUUUUUUUCAAAAAUAAUCCUUUUUUUUUUCAGAUUGAAGAUUUCGGCGUUCAUUGCAAAAGAUAUUAUUCUUUGGAAAUUUCGUUUUUCAAAUCGGAAAUGGGUAAUUUUAUACUUAUUAUGUCGUUUUCAAAGUAAUUUCGCGGAAGUUAAAUCUCUGGUUCUCCAAAAGUUAGGUAUCUUUUUGCACCUUCUGACAAUUGUUUUGAGUUUCACAAAAUUUCUUUGGACUAGGAUAUACGUUUUCCAAGUCCCAAACUGUCCAACGCAACUUCAGAUGCUCAAAUCUUGAAGACGUUGUGGAAAACGUAUUGGCUGAGCACUUUGAGCACUUCUCCGCUGUUUUCCAACGCCGAAUUCAUAAAUAACCAGAUGAAGGACAUCGCGCAGAAGCUCUCGGCGGUGAGAUUUGGACUCUUUCUAUUUCUUCAUAAUUAAUUAUUCUUAUUAUAUGAGAAGAAUAAUCAAAGUUUUCCUUUAAUUUAUCUUUAUUAUCAUCAUCAAAAAUUAUUGAUCUGUUUUUCAUCGCGUUGAUAAGUAUAAUAAAAAAAAGGUUAGAAUAAAUUUUUUUUUUUCAGUAUUGUGACUUAACUUCCUUUUUAAAAGAGCUAUUAUAUCAAUCUUCCAGCUCGAAAGAAAGUUUCUGACGGCCGAGAAAAACGUUGAUGGAUUGGAAGGCCUUGAAAAGGUUGGUUAUUUCCGUACAUCAAAAAUGCUCAUACUUAGAGAGGACCUUAUCAGCAAGAAAAAAGAAAUUUUCUCGGUCAGUACUGUUUUAAUGAAAGAAGUUUUUUUUGGCAGGUGGUGACGGAUGCGGAAACUGUUGGCGACGAGUUGGAAGCUGCGCGGAUCUCGCAGUUUGUCAAACGCGCUCUGUUCGACCGCAAACACGCGGGAGCCAUCUGCUGCAAGCCUCCACAGUCCGCCGAUGAAGCCAUGUCGGAGGACUUGACCGAAGACGCCGAAAUGCACUGA